AUGAAUAAUUUCGCGGGUAAUUUUCCAGCAUAUUCAACAAGAACCCGGCGUCACCUCUACUCUAUCGCCACUCUUCAAUCUUCCGCCGACAACUCAAGCUCCUUCUUCACCCCCAUAGCUACAAGUCGGCAGCAACUCACUAGAGCUACCGGUGAGAAGAGACGUCGAGGACAGGAGUCCAGGGACCAAGCGUCCUUGGACAAGGAGCCAGCAGGGGAGUUGACCCCCCAACACGUCCAUCUUCUGAGGCUGCGGGUGAAACAGUUGGAGCUGAAGGUCGAACAAUUGCAAGCGGAGAGGGACCAACUGGAGGAGGAAGUGAAAACGCUCAAGGUGCAGCUUCUGGUGGACUUGGUGGACUCUAUCGCAUUGCAGCUUAUCGAGACCCGCGCGACUAUUGUGAAGACGACAGCGAAGACCAGCUCCAAACGCAAGGCCCAGUCAGCGGCGCGCAAACACAAGUCUGAGGCCAAGCGAAUUAAGGCGACACGCCGAGCUCAUGACUUGAAGUAG